ACGUUGGCUACGGCUACUCCAAGCACAGGUCAGCAUCUGCUCUCGUUGACCACGACUCCCCUUCUCCAAUGGCGGACUGCGAAGGACUGGCUCCCUGAUCCAAGGUGAAUGAGGCCGGGGGAGGACAAAGGAGGGAUGAGCAAAGAAGAAGAAGAAGAAGAAGAGGAGGAGGAGGAGGAAGAGAAGUCGAAGAAGAAGACUAAGGAUAAGGAUCGCUCUGCGAUAAGGUUGGCCGUCGAGGAGCUCUCCCUGGUCGAGCAUCAGGGGAAAGCUUCUACCUUGGCCUUUCUCGCCGUCUCCAACCUGCUCUUGCAAUUCCUUGAUAAGAUUGGACCGACCGUGGCCGUCCUGAGGCACGACAUCCGGCGGAAUAUCGAGAGAUUGGAAGAUGUAUACGUUUUGGAUGCAUCGGGUUACUCAAGUUUGGUAGAUAUAAUCAAGAAAGAGGUGAGCGAGGGAACUGCAAGGAAGUCUGAUAGCUGUACAAGAGCUACAUUAUGGCUUACUAGGUCCAUGGAUUUUAGUGUUGCACUACUAGAGAUACUAAAUAAGGAUUCUGAAUUGAGUCUUCAACAAGUUGUUGAAGAAGCAUAUAAGACUACACUAAAACCAUGGCAUGGUUGGAUCUCAUCUGCUGCUUACAAGGUAGCUUUGAAGCUCAUCCCAGAGAAGAAACUAUUCAUCAGCUUGCUAAUGGGUAAGGGGCAAGAUCAGAACAUGUUGAAGUCUGAUAUCCAGAACCUGGUCUCAUUAGUUCAGCCUCUUCUAACUGAUAUCCAUGCCAACUUGAAAAAGCUUCGGCUCGACAGAUUGAAGUCGACCUAAAACACGAAAUCCAUCUCGAUCAAUCUUCAUGUACAUUCUCCAACUUUUUCCUGUAAUUAUCUCUGAAUCCCUUUUUUUUUCUUGACCUGUAUAUUUAAAUCAGUUUCAGUUUUCUUGAUAGUCAUGCAACCUCAUCUGCAACCAGGAAUCAUGUGAUGUUACUUAAAUGGCAGAAAAGCAUAUCUGUUUUAGCAACUAUCAUAUUGUGCAAUGUAUAUCCUGCGUAAGAAAUUUGCUUUUU